AUGGGUUUCAGCAAGCCAACACCAGCAAUGGUGCAGCACAUGAGGCCAUUGUAUAUCACCGCCGAUGUGAAUGACAUCAAGGUUAGCAAGAUCAUGGUAGACACAGGUGCUGCAGUCAACAUCUUGACCACCAGAACCAUGCAUCUGCUAGGGAUCAAGAAAGAGAAGAUACAAUCCACGUUCCUUACACUAAAGAACUUCGCUGGGACUAUAACCAAAACAUUGGGUUUGAUUUUCCUACAAGUCAAGGUGGGUCUAGCAGAAGGGGUUUACGCUUUCUUUGUUACAGAUUGCUACGCGGCAUAUAGCGUAAUUCUCGGCCGCGACUGGAUCCACCGAAGUUAUUGUGUCCCAUCCAUCCUUCAUCAGGAGCUGAUCAUAUGGGACAGAGUCGCGGACAAGGAGGAAAUUGUCAAAGCAGACCCGCGACUUUUUUGGUGUCCGCCAGCUACGUGGACGCAAGUUCGAAAGAAGAAUGGCAAAAUGAGGGUAUGCGUCGACUACCGUGAUCUCAAUAAGGCCACUCCCAAAGACGUUUACCCCAAGCCAGUAGCGGACAUGUUGGUGGAUGCAGUAGCUGGUCAUGAACUUCUCUCCUUUAUGGAUGGAACUUCCAGUUACCAUCAGAUUCCAGUGGCGGAAGAAGAUAGACACAAAACUGCUUUUAGAUGCCCAGGUUUCGCAGGAGUUUUUGAAUACGUGGUCAUGCCUUUUAGUUUGAAGAACGCGGGAGCCACGUACUAG